AUGUCUGAAUCCGAGUCCAAGAAGAUCACCAUGGAGCAGCUCAAGGAGCACGGCUCCCACGACGACCUCUGGCUCCUCAUCGAUGGCAAGGUCUACGAUGUCAGCAAGUUCCUUGACGAGCACCCGGGUGGUGAUGAGGUCCUUGUCACCGAGGCCGGCAAGGAUGCCACCGAGGCUUUCGAGGACGUUGGACACUCUGAGGACGCCCGUGCGCUUCUCGUACCCAUGCUCGUCGGUGAGAUCGAGGGCGGUUCGCAGAAGAUCAAGACCUCCAGCGGCGCAGUGACCAACGAGAACAACACCAACGUCAACAGCCACCCCUUGUUCAUGUUCAUCCCUCUUAUCUUGCUUGGUGCUUACCUCGCCUACAAGUACACCUCCUAG